CAUUUUUCUAACCAACAUUGUUUUCUCAGAAAGUUAAAUUAAAUCCUGACCAAUAGCAUACGCCUGUCAGCUCUCAUUUAUCAUUCGGGGUUUGUCUGAUUAGAAUAGCAUAUUAUCUUUCCUUCCUGGAAAAUAUAUCCGGCCAUUUGGAUUCAGCAUUAGGGACUGAGUUGAAGGGACAUCAAUAAUGAAUAAGUUAUUCCUGCUUAUCAAAUGAUCAUCAUGACUUAGUCAGACAUCAUAGAUGAAAGCUAUUUUUCACCAGGACAGAGACCUCACUCAGUUGAAAUAAUGAGGACUUUAGAUUUAGAUGAAUCGUUCAUUGAUCCUUUUCUGGAGCUAGCUCCGUUUUCUGCACGCUCUGAAAAAACUUAUGAUGAAGGACGCACAAAAGUAGAACACAGACAGAUAAUUGGGAAAUUACCGAUACCAAUAGAUAAUUUAAAAGCUCAUCUACCAUUUUUAGCCACUCAUCUACAAGAAGCUUUAGCUGAAUCAGUUUCUACAGGAAAUCCGAAUCAAUGUUGUAGUGCUGGACAACGUCCUGGACCAAUCAAUACAAAUCUAUCACCAGGAUUCCAUGAAUCUGUUCACUGUGAACAUCGCUCACCGCCAACUCCAACACCAAACAUUUCCUCAGUAGCAAUUCAACAUAUUCGACAAGAACGACGUCAACAGCAACAACAAAAAACCUGCACAGUAGAUGAUUCCCCCCCUUCAUGUGAACUCUGUCAUAACACCCAUGAAUUACAACAUCACAUUUGUCAAGAGAAUAUUGAGUAUUUACAGAAUCAAUUGUUAGAUAUGAAACAGCAACUGCAAUACUGUCAAGAGAGAGAGAAAACUAAAGAACAAUUAUUGGAAGAAAGUUACAAUACAACGAGACAAUUACAAGAAAGCGUUACAAACUUGUUCCAACAGGUUGGAGAACGAGAAAAUUUGUUGCAUAAAUUAAGCUUGGAAGUGAAUAAAUUGAAAAAUAAACAUGAGGAAGUAAUUUCACAGCGCGAUUCAUUUCAAAACCAAACUAAAGAACUAGAAGAACGCUGUCAUGAUCUACACAAAAAGUAUGAGAAUAAUGCAAAUAACUUGACAAUGAUGGUGAAGGAACGUGAUGAAUUAUUGGCAAAAUUGAAAUCAGAACGUGAGAAUAUCGAAAACAUCAGUGAAGAACGGAAAAGACAGAUAAUGAAAAUGCUCAAAGAAACUUCAAAUAUACGUGAAAAGCUAGAUUUACAAAUAGGUCGAUCAAUGCAACUGGAAGCAGAGUUAGCUCGUCUUAAAUCGGUGAAUGCACAGUUGGAGUCUGGGAUUCAGGAAAUGACUAAGCAAAGUCUGUCAAAUGCUCAAACAAGUGCAGCUGAAAUUCGCUCUUUGCAAGAAGAAAAACAAAUAGCAUACAAUUCACAUCAAUUAGAAAUCAACCAAAUAAAAAAAGAAUUAAAUCAGCUGAAUAAUGAAAACACUGAGUAUAAGAAGGAAAUUAGUCGAUUACAAACUAAAACUAAUGAAUUGAAGGACGAGGUUAUUCAAUGUAGAAAUAAUUUACAGGUUAAAACAAAUAUUCUGGAGGAGAAAGAGAGACAAAUUCACUCACUUACUCAUGAACUUGAAUCUUGUCAUCGGGAGUUAGAAACACAAAUCAACUCAGUUGGAUUAUUCAAAUCAGAACAGAAAAUGAUUCAAAAUUCAUUCGAAGAGAAAAUAAAACAAUUAGAAAUUAUUGAUAGUCAGAAGCAAAGAGAAGUUGAAAAUUUGUCAAUGGAUUUAAAUCAAGCCAAGGAACAAGUAAUACACAGUCGUAAAUCUCUAGAAAUAUUACAAAGUGAAUUAUCAUCUAGUCGCACAAUGUUGAUAAAAUCAAGAGAAGAAAUUGUUAAACGAUCUCACAACGAAGAACAAUUGGAGAAAUCAUUGCAAAAAUUAAAGCUCGAACUAGAGCAAACAAAUGUACAUAAAACUGCAGCAGAAAUGGCCAGUAAAACAGCUAUCAGUAAUUAUCAAGAAUUGGAAGCACAGAUGGAAUCCUACAAAACAUCAAAUAUAACUAUACAAACCCGUCUACAUGAAGUAGGCAAGGAAUUGGACGAAACAAAAUUGAUUAAAUCGCAGUUAGAAGAAAGAUUAAGCAUUCUGACAGAACAAUUACAGUUAGCGCAAAAACAACUAGAGGAAAAACAAGCACAACUAAACCGCUCUGAUUCAAUUGUAAAUCGUAUGUCCAAAGAAUUUAAACGAACACAAAUAACAAUUGAAGAAAGUGCACAGAAAGUAAACAGUCUAUUUGGGCAAUUGAAAACAACUCAAGAAAAAUUGAAUGUAGCAAAUGAACAAUUAAGUGAAGUGGAAAGUAACAGAAAAAGUUUGCUAAAAGAAUUAGAAGAAUACCAAAGUUCUCACCAUACGCAUGAUAGCGAAGUUCAGUCAAUGGAAGUUCAGGUCAAUUAUCUGCUAAGUGAACUUGGACAAAUGAACGAUCACUUGACAACAAAUCAAAAAGAACUGACUGAUUCAAAAGCAGAAGUAGAUUCACUAAGAAAACGAAAUAAUGAGUCUACACUUGAAAUACAACAUUUAAACUCAAUGCUGAAUGAAAAACAAAUAAAAUUGGAUGAAUUAGGAAGACAAGUAAUCGAAAUGGAGAACCAACUAAGUUCAGCUGACCAGUAUACUCAGUCAUUAAGUUCAGCUAAUGAUGACUUAAUGAACGAAUUAAAAAAUAGAACUAAUGAAAUAGAAAAAUUACAAAAUGAAAUCAAACAAAAUAUGACAGGAAUACAAAAUUCUGAAUUUAUGAUACAAGAAUUAGAAUUCAGUGUUCAACAAUUAACUAAGCAACUUGAACAAUCAGAACUUUUGCGAUUGGAAGCAGAAAAAGCCAGUAAUCAUGCUGUCAGUGAAUCAGCUGCCCUUAAAAUUGAACUGGCUAAAAAAGAUGAACGAAUUAUUAAUUUACAAAAUACUGGCGAUGCAAUUACACAAAAGUUAAAAUCACUUGAGCAGACAUCGAAUCAAACUGAACAAAUUAUCAAUAAAUAUAUUAACUCUGAGAUUGAAAAAGAUAGCACGAUUCAACGACUUCAGACGGAAUUGGAAUACAUACGUCACCAGUUAAUUGAAAGUGAGACAGAACUACAAAGCAGGUCUUCACAAAUAAAAUCAUUAACGUGUGAAUUAGAAGCUGUGAAAGCAGACCUGGCAGACUGUACUCUGCACAGAAAUUCAGAAAAUCUUGCACGUAAACGUAUUGAGUUAGAAGUGGCGGAUCUUCGGGAAAUGAAACUAGCUUUUACAGAACAAAUUGAAAGACAAGAGCAAUUCAUUGAGCGGUUACAAUCUGAGCUUUCAAACGAACGUGAAAGAAACGAUUUUCUUAAUAAAAUUAAAACAGAUAAAGAAAGAGAACUUCAUAGUAUCACAAAUGAAGUGGACCAUCUACAUCAACACAACAAAGAACUUUCUAGUCGUUUGCUAGAACGUGAAUCAGCUUUAGAUUCUAUGUCACGUGAAUUGGAAAUAUUUACUUCUAGACUAGAUACAACUUCAAAAAGUUUAACAGAAACUGAAGCAGAAUUAUUAGAAACAAAACAUAAAUACGAAUUAUCUGAAGCUAAAGCAAAUAAGCAAAAAGAUGAGUUGAAACAGUAUGAAAUAACUUUAUCGAGUUUAGAAUCACGAUUACUUGAAAGCGAAAGUCAACUAACGAAAUGCACUGGCCAAUAUAAUCAGUAUGAUUCAGUUGACCGAAUUCAGUGUUCACAUCUAACGGAUUUAGUGAAAGAUCUUAAACAACAAAUAACAGAAUACAAAAAAGUUACCACAGUUUUAAGAUUGGGAAAAACAAGUUAUGAAUACAAUCAGUAUUGAUCAUCUUAACCCAAUUCAUUUGAAGAAAUUAUUUAUUAUUCAUUGGUUUAUUUGUGC